CGCUUUCAGUGGCGCCUGGGACAGAGGGGAGAGGCACGCAGGCUCGCACCCUGGACCACCGCCUCGCCAUGGCCCCCGCCGCGCUCUGGGCCGCGCUCUGGGCCGCACUCUGGGCCGCGGGACUGCAGCUUUGGGCCGCGGGGGAGCCCGCGCAGGCAAUUGCCCCCUACGCCCCAGAGUCCGGAAGCUCAUGCCGGCAGAAUGACUACUACAACGAGAAGGCCCAAAUGUGCUGCAGCAUGUGUCCGCCUGGCCAACAUGUGGAGGUGUACUGCACGGCGACCUCGGAUACAGUGUGCGUCCCCUGUGAGAGCGGCACCUACACACAAGUCUGGACUUGGCUGCUCAAGUGCUUGAGCUGUAGAUCCCGUUGCAAAGCUGACCAGGUGGAGACUCAAGCCUGCCUCCCCGACCGGGACCGUAUCUGCACCUGUCAGCCCGGCUGGUUCUGCACGCUGCCCAGGCGUGAGAGCUGCAGCCAGUGCUCACUGCUGAGAAAGUGCCCCCCUGGCUUCGGGGUGGCCAAGCCAGGAACAGCUUCAUCGAAUGUGCAAUGUGCCCCCUGUGCCCCGGGGACAUUCUCUGACACUGCUUCGUCCACAGCCAUCUGCAGACCUCACCGGAAAUGUCACUUGGUGGCCCUCCCUGGCAAUGCAAGUAGGGAUGCUGUCUGCCGGACGGAGUUCUCUCCCACCAUCACGAAGGUGGUCUCGGGCCCUUCUCUCAAGCCCCAGCCAGAGUCCUCAAGACCCCAAUACCCAGAGCCCACGAGACCCCAGAUCCUAGUGCCAACUGCUGAGCCCAGUUUGGCUCCAAACAUUUCACUCCUGCUUCCAACGGACUCAAAUAUCUCUGUGGAAGAAGUCAGCACUGACACCUUGUCCCUUCCGAUUGGACUGAUUGUGGGUUUGACAGCCCUUAGUCUGGUGGUAAUUGCAGUGGCGAAAUGUAUCAUCAUGACCCAGAGGAAAAAGAAACCCUUCUGCCUUCCUGGAGAAGUCAAGGUGCCUCACCUGCCGGCUGCUGACAAGGCCCUGGGCACCCUGGGCACAGAGCAACGGUACCUACUGACCACGGCGCCAAGCUCCAGCAGCAGCUCCCUGGAGAGCUCGGCCAGCACUGCAGACAGGGGGCCGCGGGCUGGGAAGCAGCUGCAGGCUCAGCGUACCAGGAAGGCCGGGGCCACCGAGGCCCGGGCCAGCACCGGGAGCAAAGACUCCUCCCCCAGCCACCAGGGGACCCACGUCAACGUCACGUGCAUUGUGAACGUCUGUGGCAGCUCUGACCAUGGCUCCCAGUGUCCUUCUCAGGCCGGCUCCACAGCGGGUGAUGGGAACACCAGUCCCUCGGGCUCCAUGAAGGAUCAGCAGCUCCCCUUCUCCAGGGAGGAAUGUCCUUUUCAGUCUCAGCCAGGGCUUUUGGACACGCUAUUGCACACCCCAGAAGAGAAGCUUCUGCCUUUGGGAGUGCCAGAUGCCGGCAUGAAGGCCAGCUAACCGGGCCGGCAGGGAUCACGGCGCAGACGAGGAGGGUUGACCCCCCAGUGGCCCUGAUAAGGGUCCCCUGGGCCCUCAGCCCAGGAUACUACAGCCCUUCCCGUACCAGAUUCUUUUGCUGGCCUCCACGGCCCAGCCUCCCAGGCGGGAAGUGAUGGGAAAGCUCUCUCGUCCCUCAGAAAGCUGGCCAGGACCGCUAGGCUGAACCUCUGCCCUCGGAGGGCUGCCCCUCAGCCAGUCCUGUGAGCUUGGCUUCUGGAGCCCUUGGUUGUUUUGUUUUGUUUUGUUUUCCACAUUCCUGCCUUCCAGAAGGGCUUGCUGGGGAGGGGGACAGCUGGGGGGGUUCCACUGGUGGAGCAGGGGCAGUGCUACAGCCUGUGGCUAAGACUGUAACUGGCCCCUUGCAGGUCUGGCGGUUCUGUACAGAGAGGGGGGGCAGGAUCCUUGUGUCAGAUGGGCCUCCCUUGGGUUAGCGUAAGACCUUUGGAAAAACACCACCUCCAAGUCCACUUCUGCUGGCUUGACGGAGUGUGAGUUCAGAGUUCAGGUGCCUGGAACACCCAGAGAAAGUGCUGUUGUGAGCUGGUAUAGUUGGCAAACCUCAAACCAAAAACCUUGCAGGGGCAGUUAAGGGGGGGGGGCGCUGGGUGGUGGCACACCUGGUUGGGCGCAUAUGUUACAGUGGCAAGGAGCCAGGUUCGAGCCCCCAGUCUCCACCUGCAGGGGGAAAGCUUUGCGAGUGGUGAAGCAGGGUUGCAGGUGUGUCUCUCUCUCCCUUUCCUCUUGAUUUCUGGCUGUCUCUAUGCAAUAAAGAUAAUAAAAAAAUUAAAAAGAGAGAGAAAAAAAAGGAAAGGAAAAAGAAUUCCAGACAGGCAAAGAAGCCAGCCAAAAUAAACAAAACCCCACUUUGUGGCCACUGCCUUUGACCUUUAGUCCAGUUUACCAGCAGCCCCACCUCCACCUCCUCCCCUGGGUAGAGACAGAGGCCCCUCCUUCUCCAAACAGGGAAUUUCAGGAACCAGAGAUGCGAUGCGUCCAGCCAUCUCUCUCCACCUACCUCAGCCUCGACCCCUCUGGCCAUUCCCAAAGCCCCAGGCAGGCCCUGGGGAAGCCAGGAGCCCCAUUGGUACUGUGUGGAUGUGAGAUGCUGAGGGCCAGUCCUGUGUUUGUCUGCAUCUGUGUGUGUGUGUUUCUGUGUGUGUGUCCUCGAUGGCCCUGUCCUUGAGUGACCUGCCUUGAAGCAGCUGAAACCAGCAAUUUGUCCCCAAGAAGUCUUCCCCCACCCGAGUGUCAGCUCUUGAGUCCAGGACCUCGCAGGGCUGAGCCGGGGUGUUCUUGCCCAGUCUGGAUGCAAUUCCAGAGGAGAAUGGAGCCUCCCUGAAAAGCCAGUUGGACCCCAGGCACUUGAGUCCCUUGUUGAAAAACUCCACUGGCCUGGCAGCUGAACUUUCUGCAGGUGGAAAAGUACAGCUGUUACCAAGGAGACUGGGGAAAAAAAUAAUAAAAAGGAAGAAAGAAGCACGUGGUCCUGGAGCAUGAAGAUUCCCCACUGAGCUGAGUGGCGCUGGUCAGGUCUCCAGCCACAGGAGCACAGUGGCCCCUAGUGGACGGUCCUGGGAGAGGCUCAGACCUCACGGCCUCCCCUAGAGGCCCUGUAGGGAAGCUUGUAAAUAGGAGGGAACCCCCUUGGGUGUGACUGUGGUUCCCACACUUGUGUGAGUCCCAAGGAUAAGAGUGUGUACUGCAGCCUGAAUUGCAUUUCUGCUUAGAAAUAAAAUUUGUGUUUGUUAUACA